CACAGGGCAAAUCACUAAGCCACGCAGUCACAGAGGAAACACAGAGCCUAAGAGUGUGAAGGGACAGAGGGUAGAGUGACAAGGGAAACUUGGGGCCAGUGGAAGACAGGGAGACAGGUGGGAGCAGAGGGGCUCAGGACCAUGGCUGAGGCCAUCACCUAUGCAGACCUGCGGUUUGUGAAGGCUCCCCUGAAGAAGAGUGUCUCCAGCCGGCUAGGACAAGACCUAGAGUCCGACGAGGAUGGGGAACUCACCUAUGAGAAUGUGCAAGUGCCUCCCGGACCAGGGGGGCCGUUGAGUUUGGCUUCCUCUGGAUUAGGGGGGAAAGCAGGGGUCCAGUCAGAGCAGGCAGCUGCCGCCUGGAGCUCCGUGACGUCACCAGCUGCCAGGCAGAUUCUCCCUUGCCAUGCAGCCUGCUUGCAGUACCUCCUUCUGGGCCUGCUCCUCACCUGCCUGCUGUUGGGGGUGGCAGCCAUCUGCCUGGGAGUGCGCUAUCUGCAGGUGUCCCAGCAGCUACAGCAGAUGAACAGGGUUCUGGAGGCCACUAACAGCAGCUUGAGGCAGCAGCUGCACCUAAAGAUAACCCAGCUGGGGCAGAGGGAAGAGGAUCUGCAGGGGUCCAGAAGGGAGCUGGCCCAGAGUCAGGAAACACUACAGGUGGAACAGAAGGUUUGCCAGGCUACCAAAGAGCAGUUGCAGGCCUGCGAGUCGGACGGGGAGAAGACAAAAGAGGACUUGAGAAAUAAGGAAGCGCAGAGGAUGGACUUGGAGCAGAGGCUGCACAGUGUGCGGGACACACUGAAGCCCAUCUACACAUGCCCCUCACCAGAUGCUUGCUGUCCCGUGGGAUGGAUACUGGAUGGGAGAAGUUGCUUUUACUUCUCAGUUACUGAGAGAAGUUGGGAUAAGAGCCAACACCAUUGUAAAUCUCUGUCCUCUGACCUGGCCACAUUUGAUCUCACUUACAUGUAUACUACCAACAGCUUCCAAAGGGUGUUGGCGCAAGGUGGUUCACUUGAAUCAUACUGGAUUGGCCUCAGAUAUAGUAACCGCUGGGAGUGGAUUGAUGGUAAAAGAAUCUAUUAUGGGCUUUCUAGUCAUGGUCAAAACCAAAGAUGUGCCAGGACAAAAAGGACAUGGUCAAACCUGCAGGCAGAGAACUGUCAUACUUUUCUUCCCUCCAUCUGUGAGAGGGCAGCUUUCAAGAAUCCAGACAUGGACCAGUCUUGGCGCUGAGCUGGAUACUCAUGCCAGCAAGAGCCUGUGCCCUUCAUCCCUAACCUGGAGCCUGCAGGUCCUAAGAUCCACCUCCCUCCAGUGUUUUCUCACUCCGCCUGGACAUGCCUAGCCCAGGGCUGAUCCAUGCCCAACGUUUAUAUUUCUAGGCAAGGCUGUGCCCUGCUGGAGACCCUGUCCCAGAAGCUGGACUGUUCCCGGGGAAAGGGUGAAGAAGCUUCUAGAAGAGAUUUUGGCCUCCCUGAGAACCUCCCACAGUGGAAUGGGUGGGGAAGGCGCACGGGCUGAGUGGAUAGGGGCAGCCCGGAGCCAGCCAGGCAGUUUUAUUGAAAUAUUUUUAAAUAA